CCAUGUUUUUGACGCGCUCUGAAUACGAUCGUGGUGUCAAUACCUUUUCUCCUGAGGGACGCCUUUUCCAAGUCGAGUAUGCCAUUGAAGCCAUCAAGCUCGGUACAACAGCCAUUGGCAUUCAAACCUCGGAAGGUGUUAUUCUUGCAGUUGAGAAGCGAGUGUCCUCUACAUUGUUAGAGGCCAGCUCUAUUGAAAAGGUUAUGGAAAUCGAUGUACAUCUGGGAUGUGCUGUCAGUGGAAUGACUGCUGACGCUAGAACAAUGAUUGAGCACGCCCGUGUUGCUGCACAGAACCAUCGUUUUACAUAUGAAGAGAGUCUCAAGGUUGAGAGUGUAACCCAGAGUGUGUGUGAUCUGGCAUUAAGAUUCGGUGAGGGUGCUGAUGGUGAAGACUCUAUCAUGAGUCGACCAUUCGGUGUUGCAUUGCUUAUCGCCGGUAUCGAUGAAAAGGGUCCUCAGCUGUUCCACGCUGAUCCUUCUGGUACAUUUAUGAGCUACCAAGCAAAAGCUAUUGGAUCUGGUUCCGAAGGUGCACAGACAGAGUUGCAGAAGGAAUACCACAUGUCCAUGACCCUUCAAGAGGCCGAGACCCUUUCACUUACUGUCCUGAAGUCUGUGAUGGAGGAGAAGCUUAACAAGGCUAAUGUCCAACUGGCAUCUGUUACACCCGGACGUCACUUUAGAGUGUACGGUGAGGAGGAAUUACAGGCUGUUAUUGAUAGGCUGGCAGCAUAAGGAGUAUAGCACACCAAACAUGAUUCCACUCUCCCUUCUUCUUCCUCUUCUUCUUCUUUUUACCUUCUUUUGGAGAGUAGCUUUCUUUGUAAUGUUGCCAGAGUGUGCACUAAGUGAGACGUGUUUGAGAAAGUCAUUUUUUUUUUGCGUUUAUUAAACUAAAAACGCAUCUUUUAAAGCCGCAAUCAUAUACACACACGUACAUACAGACAUAUAAAAGACUUUACAUUUUGUCUUUGU